AAUUGUAUACAGUUUUCAGAUCGUGUUUGCUGGAGUCGGAGUUUUAAAUCAAAUCGAUUUUAAAAUAAAAUCGAUUUUUAAAAAUAAUUUUCACGAUUUCAAAAUUCCAAAAUUCCUCUACAAAAUAAGAUGAAUUAAACAAGCAAGAUGUAUACAUUAUCAAUAAGAGCAACGUGUCCUGGUGACUACAAUGAAGAAGAGCCAAAAAAAACUGAUAUCCCAACAGCACCCAGGUCGAACCAGGACUACAGUAGGUUCGAUAUCGUCAAGGCGACCCAGUACGGAGCAUUGGAAAGAGUCACCGAGUUGGUUGAUGCUGGUGCUGACGUUAACGAGCCCGACGCAGAGACGGUGACUCUGCUUCACUGGGCGGCGAUAAACAACCGGACAGAAAUAGUCAAGUAUCUGAUAGCCAAAGGCGCGAAUGUUGAUGCAAUUGGUGGCGAAUUGUCUUCUACUCCCCUGCACUGGGCAGCAAGACAAGGCCACUUGCCAACAUUUUCAAUUCUGAUGCGCGCUGGUGCUGAUCCAUCGCUCAGAGACUCUGAAGGUUUUGCCUGCAUUCAUUUGGCGGCUCAGUUUGGGCACACGGGUAUCGUCGCCUACCUGGUCGCUAAAGGGGUCAACCCCAAUGACCCUGACCGGAGCAGCAUGACCCCAUUGAUGUGGAGCGCAUUCAAAGUCAACAGUCAAAAUUACAAUUGUUUUUUUAGCCUGGACCCGACGAGACUGCUGCUGGUCUUGGGAGCGAGUCAUUCACUGACUGAUAUUAUUCAUGGUAACACUGCGUUGCACUGGGCGAUUAUUGCGAAAAAUAAUACUGCUAUUCACACGCUAAUUACCCAUGGAGCCUCGCUGGAGAUCGCUAAUUUUCAGAAUGAAACACCUCUGAGUUUACUGAGGCCCCAUAUUGGCGCCGCUUGGCUGGGAGCUAAAAUCAGCCAUGAAAUAAGGGAACGCCAGGGGAGGACACGGGCCUGGUGUAAGGACAAGCGGGUAAGAUGGUACUGUAUGGUCAGUACGCCAUUUAUAGUAUUCUAUUUGAUUGGUUUGAUAUUCCAAAGCAAUUUGGAUUAUUUAAUUAAACUAGGUGCCUUUUUAAUACUCUAUAUUGCUGUUUAUGUCGCUAAAAUGUAUCUAUUUGACGAGAGACUGUUUCACAUUUUACCGAUGUCUAUUUAUCUUGCCACAAAGAUGUGGAUAUAUAUCACAUGGAUAUUCUGGCUGGGUAUUCAUGCGUCUUGGUAUCUAUGGGUUUUAUUAGCCGUGGGUUCAGUACCGCUCUGGCUCUGUUUUAUACAGUCAUGGCGUGGCGACCCUGGUGUAAUAUCAGCAACCCAUGAGGACAAAUUAAAUACAAUAGUCGAAGUCGCAGAAACUGGCGGUUUUGAACCCCAAGGAUUUUGCACGAGUUGUUUAGUACGGAGACCCAUAAGAUCGAAACAUUGUUCCUCAUGUGACCGCUGUGUUGCCAGAUUUGACCACCAUUGUCCCUGGAUCAAUAAUUGUAUCGGUGCAUACAACCAUAAGUAUUUUUUGGGAUUUCUAAUUUCAUUAUUCGGUCUGUGUAUGGUAAUUUUGGCAGCGACAGUACAGUUUUGGAAACACGAAUGCUGGACAUCAACGUCCAGUGACAAGGAUCCGGAUGAUUCUUUCGCGACCGCGGCAACAUGCGAUGCCUGGGUAAUGUGGAUCGCUGUUAACACUGGCCUACAUUCGAUAUGGGUCGGUGCACUUUUGCUCUGUCAGUUGUACCAGAUAAUAGUACUCGGUAUGACAACAAACGAGCGUAUGAAUGCGGGCCGCUAUGAACAUUUCAAAAAUGGCAACCCCUUUCAUCGGGGCGCGAUACAAAACUUAGCUGAUUUUUGUAAUUUAAAUUUGUGCGGCGUCAAAGGUAAACCGAGCGCUGAUUGGCUUAAUAGCUUUGAGAUAAAGCGGAGUGUUGAAAAAUUGCCAUUACUCAAUACUAAAGAUAAUUUUCAAUAUGUUUAAUCUAUUUUAAAUACACUCUAAUUAAAUCAAUUUAAAUUUUAAAUAAAAAUUGAAACAUUUAAUUACACCAUA